UUGCGGAGCAGUUCUGAAUUUCAGAACGAGAGGGGAUAAGAUCUCUAUAUGGACAAAGAACGCUGCAAAUGAGAAGGCUCAGAUAAACAUUGGGAAGCAGUGGAAGGAACUUCUUGGUUACACUGAAACAAUCGGGUUCAUAUUUCAUGAGGAUGCAAAGACUCUUGAUCGCACUGCUAAACCUCGCUAUACUGUAUGAGUUUUACGUUUUACUUCCCUCAAAGAAAAAGAAGACUCAAAAGAGAGAAGAGAGCAAAGAAGAGGCACAGAGGAAAUAGAUAACACAAACAGAAUGAGCGACAGGGAGGACUCAGAGAUGGAAAUCGAGGAGGCUAAAAAAAAUGAUCCGAGAAGAGAGUCGACAUCCAUGGAAGAAACCGAGGGGCAAGAUACGGAUUUGAGGACGAGGGAAGCUGAUGAUAGAACUGAUUGGAGACACAAAAGAGAUCCAAGAUCCUCGGCAGAGAAAAGGGAUAAUGCAACUCAGAUGCGACACGAAUUGGGUCAGUCGAGUGAGUAUCCAGUUCGUACAGGUGUAGCAGAUUGUUACUAUUACCUGAAAAACGGUGGUUGUUUCUUUGGACGAAGUUGCAGAUACAAUCAUCCACCGAGAAAUCAGUUGGGAGAUGACACGGUGCAACCGAGUGCGUAUAAAGUUCGUCUAGGUGCAACAAAUUGCGAACAGUAUCUACACACUGGGCAGUGUACCUAUGGAAGUAGAUGCUGGUUCAAUCAUCCACCGCUUCCAGGUGCAAGAGAUUGUGAGCAAUAUCUACAGACAGGACAGUGUAGCUAUGGACGUAGGUGCCGAUUCAAUCAUCCUCUUACUCAUCUUGCACCGUACUUUCAGAAAGGAGGUUGUAAGCACGGCUCAAGUUUUCAAUUUACUAAUUCAAUGAGAGGGGAUGGUAUAGAGCCUAUGCGUCAGGCUACAACUUGGGGUAGGAGAUCUGAUGAGAGGAGACACGAAACAGAGUCAAGCUCUAGGGCAGAGAAGAGGGCGAGAACUAUUCCGGAUUAUCCAAGCGUGAUCCAAGAUGUAAGUGAUGAAGUAGGGGCGGGACAAAACAGUUGGUUGCAGAGGAGACGAGCUCAGAGAGGGAAAAUUGACUGCGGGCAAAGGAGAGUGAGUGAGGAGGAACGAACACUGAGAGAGACAGUACCUUGCACUGUUCUUGUACUCUAUUCACAGGAGAGGCAAACUCAUGAUCUGGAGGAACAGAAACAGAGGGAAAGGGUGUACGAAAAUUUGAGAAUUGAUCAGAUCAAAGCCUCGGUUCAAUCAGAUGGAGGGAUUCAAACGGAACAGAGACUGGAGAUACCAGAGAAUCACAGCGUUAAUGCUCAAGAGAAUCUUCAAGAGCAGGCAGAUGUGGAGAAGGAGAAGAGAAAGGCUCAAGAGAAAGCGCAGGAGGAACGUAGUAGAUCAUUAACAGGUAACGUGGAUCAGCUCAUACAGUCACUACAAGAUAAUAUUGGGAUUGGGAGGAAAAAGGGCGAUGGGGUUUAAAAGGAAACAGAGUUAAGAGACAUACCAAAGAGAACUAAUCAGAUUGUUUGGGACGCAAGAAACAAUAUGUGUUGGGAUGAUGGUCAAGCUUUUCGUAGCUUCAGUCUUGUAACUGUUUAGUGUUGUUGUGUUCGGUUGAUCAUUCACUUUUAAAAGAUUACGUUUGACCAAAUAAUAGCCAAGUACAGUUCCAAAAGGUAAACUAGUCUUCAAUCA